CUUUUGAUGAGCCAUUUUAGCACUGGGUACAAAUGUAUUCUAGAGCAAAGAAAUCCCAGUGACGGUCAGGAUUUUAGGUCACUUUGCACGUCACCACCGAGAGAGGAGGAAGACCUCUCUUUCCUGAGUGGGAAUAAAAUACUCUUGGAGAAAGGCACAGGCUUUCCCAGAAAAGUGAGGCCACCAUGUUUCUGGAGAAGUCCCUUGUCCUGCUCCCGCUGCUUGUCCUGGUACUGCUGCUGCUGGACUGGAUUCAGCCCUCCCUGGGCAAGGAAUCCCGGGCCAUGAAGUUCCAGCGGCAGCACAUGGACUCCGGCAGUUCCCCCAGCAGCAACACUACCUACUGCAACGAAAUGAUGAGACGCCGGAAUUUGACACAGGGACGGUGCAAGCCGGUGAACACCUUUGUGCACGAGCCCCUGGAGGACGUCCAGGCCGUCUGCUUCCAGGGAAAUGUCAACUGCAAGAACGGGCAGACCAACUGCUACAGGAGCAGCUCCAGCAUGCACAUCACAGACUGCCGUCUGACAGGCAGCUCCAAGUACCCCAACUGUGCCUACCGGACCACCCGGAAGGAGAGACACAUCAUUGUGGCCUGUGAGGGGAACCCAUAUGUGCCAGUUCACUUUGAUGCUUCUGUGGAGGAUUCCACCUAAGGUCAGAGAAGCGAGAGCUCCCGCCCCACCUCGGCCCCUCAUCAUUUAACCACCUGCCUCUACCCUCUUAUUUCUUUGCUUGAAAGAAAUUACUUCAGUUAGGGUUCCUACUCAACACACAUGCUUUCCUCUCCUGAGUCUUACCCCUGUGUGGUUUCAGGGAUGAUUUGUGAGGUGGGCCCCAUGUUAACCCUUCCACUGCUUCUUUCAAUAAAACACAGUUGCAAACACCUGGUUCCUGAAA